AAACUCGAGAGAGAGUUGGAGAAAUCAGAAAUGAGGAGUUUGGUCAGAGUCGCAGCGCCCGCUGCUCUGCGCUCCGGGUGGAGGUCUCCUCCAACUACAACUACCUCAACUGCUGGUAGUAUAUCUUCCCCUCUUCUUUUCCUUUCUCUCUCCUCCUCUCGCCGUCCUCCCUUCACUCUUUCCAUGGCCGCCGCCUCUGCCUCUCAGUCCACCUCGCAGUCUCAGGCCGUCGUUCCUCCUGCCGAUGGUUCCGCCGAUGCCUCCGUCUUCAGACUGAUUCAAUCUCACCAGGAAUCUGCUGCUCGUCUCCCUCCAGUUGAGGAAAUUCGUACUGUACUUGAUAACAGUGUCCGGGGCAUGCUAUCUACCUUCUCUCAGAAGCAUGAUGGUUAUCCAUCAGGUUCCAUGGUUGAUUUUGCUUGUGAUCCCAAUGGAUAUCCAAUAUUAGCAGUCAGUAAUCUUGCAGUUCAUACAAAGGACCUGUCAGCUAAUCCUAAAUGCUCAUUGCUGAUAGCAAGAGAUCCGGAGGAUAGGACUGAUUUAAUAAUAACCCUGCAUGGCGAUGCUAUUUCUGUUCGUGAAGAGGACAGAGCAGCUGUUCGCACUGCAUACCUGGCAAAGCAUUCAGAUGCAUUUUGGGUUGACUUUGGUGACUUUCAGUUUAUGCGUAUUGAACCAAAAGCUGUGCGAUAUGUGUCUGGGGUUGCAACUGCUUUACUGGGAUCUGGAGAAUUUAGCAAAGAUGAGUACAGAGCUGCAAAAGUUGAUCCAAUAUCUCAGUUUACUAAGCCUGUGGCGUCGCACAUGAACAAAGACCAUGCAGAAGAUACAAGGGUUAUUGUGCAACACUCAACAUCAAUUCCGGUGGACUUUGCUCACAUGCUGGAUUUGGAUAGUCUUGGUUUCAAUGUUAAGGCUGGUUUUCAAGGGAAUACUUUCAAGCUUCGAAUUCCUUUUCCUAGACGUGCUGAGGAUAGGAAGGAUGUGAAAACUCUUAUUGUGGAAAUGCUUCAAGCUGCCAAAUCUCAAGUGAAUUGAUCCCAUAGUAGAAGAGUGAUAAGGAGGCACACUUGUCUAAAUUUCAGAUUGUCUCAAUCAUCUUCACAAACAAGAUAUGCUGCAGUCCCUUCACUUUUGGUUGCCCUCUUUACACGGAAAAAAGAAAGAAGAAAGAUGUUCUAGUAUACACAAUGUAGACAUAAAUUGCUAAGAGCAGAUGAAAUGCAAGACAAUAUUUGUGUUAAUUAAUGCAUGACUGGUUUUAUGUUAAUAUUAACAUAGAUUGAAGAUUAUAUAUAUGACACUGCUGUCUGUUCCCAUUUGAUAUGGGAUGAUGAGAAAGUUGAUAAUAUGAUAGUGAUUAGAUUAGUGGGGAUCA